ACUCCGCUGUUCCGCGAGGUGACGCUACUGUCCGUGCACGGCGAACCGUGCCGUGGGGACCGGGAGGUAGCAGCAGUGCGGUGCGGUUCGGUGGGGGUGCAGGUGGUCGUCAGAGGUGCCCGUCUUUCCGCGGUCACGACGCGAAAUGUGAACCGGACUUCAGGACUUCCACCUCAAAUCCGAAAUGCGGCUGCACGUGCUCAGUCCGCUGCUGAUCUCGCUGGCCGUGCUGGUACUGGUUCCGAGGAGCGGGAUGACCGUCACCGACUUCCAGUACCGGGUACCGGUGGGCUACUCGGUCGAUAUUUUCCACAGGUACGGGCAGAUGGCGCUCCUGUUCAAAAUCCUGCCGCAGGAGCAGGACCUCGUCACCGAACAGAAUUUCGGUCAUCACCUGUACCUGGGAAAGGCCAGUCAAAUAUUCUCCCCGCGCUCCUACUACACGGAGACCACGCCGCACAACGGCACGUUCCGGCUCCGACCGCGGUUCGACUUCUGUCGCGGAUCCUACGAGCUCCUGCAGGCGCUCUUCGCGGACUUCCACAUCGACGGCACCGACAAGCCGCACAAAGCACUCAUCUCGGCCACGCCGCCAAAAUGGAUCGCCGAGAGGCUUGGCAUCGAGCCCACCUACUUCAACAGCUCCUUCUACUAUGUCUUGGUGAGGUUGGAGCGACCGGUGCGCCGCGUGCGACUGGCGGGAGACCCGCGCGUCAACCGCAGGUUCAAACGCAGCGCAGCGGCUGCUCCCGAUCCCGAGGCCGCCAACGACAAACUCAUCAGCACGUUCGGGACGCACUACUUCUCCAAUUUCGCCACCGGGGAUUUCGUGUACCAGGUGUACGCGUACAAUCCUCAGACGUCACCAAAGCUAGAGGAGCUCUUCGAGAGGUCUGAGGCUGAGCCUCACCUUCUGAACGGGUCCAGUCGUCUCUUCAGUCCCUGGUACGCCUCACACAUCGGGCGGGUGACAUUGGCGAGUGCGCCGUUCAAGUUCCGGCAGAUGAUCGCGCCUCAGUUGGGUAAGCAGGUGUGGUUCAGAUACUACCAGAGCCUGUUCUUGCUCCUGGAGAGCGAACACCUGCUCCGAGAGACCGAGAGGUACUCUGGCGUCAUGGUGACCGGUAUGAGGCUGAAUGGUCUUCAGCACGUUAUCGGCAACAGCACGCUCAGACAGAGGUUCGAGGAGGUGGUCAGCAACAUGUUCUUGCUCUGGGAGCACAACUUGUAGCCUCGUCGAUGUCCUCCACGAAAACGCUCUUGUGCUGGUCACAGUUGAGCGGACCUGGCCCCCAGAAUACCCAGCGCCCGAUGUCUAGACCAGACAUCACUUCUGCUCAUUCCCCAAGUUUCUUGACGUCCUCAGGACGCGCCAUCGGUCCAGACCGAGAGUAACGUCAGUUCCGGCGAUCCCACUGACAUGUACCGGAGACCAGCGCAGCGUUCUGUGGGAGAUGCAGACGCAGUCUUCUCGCGCGUCAUCGACCUUGCUGCAUCACUUCCGGCGUAACCAGCCCGGUCCAGUGCCGACGGAGCUGACCCGACAGACUCAAGUUGCCUGACCGCGCCACUGCUACUCAGCAAUGGCCAGAAUCCUGGCGACUGAGGAGGGACACAACUGAGCUGUGCUGGGUGGGUGAACACGAUACCUACCGCAGUCGCCUGACAACCGGUGUUGACAUCAGGGGCGGAAGACAAAAACAGGACCUAUGUGGGAUGCUCUAGUGAGAGACAGAGAAAUCGAGCUUAUCUUGCCUUGUCGGUGAGGACACUGUAUCAGAGUGCUAUCCGCCUAGCGGCUCAUCGUAAAACGUGCGUCGAUGUAGUGCGAUGACAUCCAACCAACUGCGCAAAGGCAGUUGAAUCCAACUGCGCAUAGUCAGUUGAACACGUUCUUAUGUAUUUUACCAUAUUUGGUCGACUGUCAUGUGCCUGUGAAUAUGUUGUAAGUUGACUGCUGCCAAGCUCAAAAAGCCAUAUGACGAUAUAGUAUAUUGCCUAUGUCUGUGUGCGUGCCGAUACCUUUUGCGUUUCAAGAAUUGAUUUGCUCACGUUUUUCUCCAUUUUUUUAUGAGACUGAAAGGUGUACGAAAACAAAGCAUGGUUUCGAUGUAAAUCAGUCACUUUCAACUAAUCUGAAAUUUGCGCAAUUAUAUAGAGAUAUGAUGAUCUCCUUGUAUUGCCAACAGGUGCACAAAGAAGAACACUAUUCUAGUGUUCUUCUAUUCUAGUGUUCUACACCUCCCAUAUGCGUCGCUGUCAAGUAGCUUCCCUCCCGUGAGAUCACUGCGUCAUAUUUCUCUAAAGACGGCCGGAGAUAGAGGAAGGCAAACUGACGAACUCAGCGACUUAUAACGCAGAUAAUAUCGAGAUUAUAUUGAGUAAGCCUUUCUGCCUCUUUCCAUGCGGCCAUGCAGCACACAGAUUCAACUGGUCGCCAUUCGUUGGAUGUGUACCCACUCGUAUCAUUUGUGAUGGUUACCCCAAGCAAUAUUUACAAGUGCAUUUUGUAGGCAUUACUUGUUGCUACAUGCUUGCCAAUAAAUUAAAGCUACCUCUAGAGAGGCAUCAUGUGAUCCGUGCGGUGCGCGCGCAUUGUGCCAAUAAUGCAUUUUAGGCAGCCUUUCGGACUGGAACGAGGUGUGAUUUCUAUUGUUUGUUAGAUGACGAAUAAGUAUGUAUCUCUGUAUUGUGAUAUGUUUUGUUUCGUGUAAAUAUAGAUAGAAAUCAAG